GGACCAAGGGUUGGACUCGAUGAUCUCGGAGGUCUUUUCCAACCCAAUCGAUUCUAUGAUUCUAUGAUUCUGACCCAUCUCACAAAGUUGUCCUCUCUGCACCAGCUGGGUUCAUGUCUCUUCUUCCUCCUAUCACUUCUUCGUAUGGGAGAGGGAUCUGAGAGGAGUUUUGUCCUCUUCUGGAUGCUAGAGCUCUUCUGCCAGAUUUUCCCCUCUACUGGGUGGGAGUCUUUUUGCUCAUUAUCUUCUGUGCAUACAGUGUUCCAAGGAAAAGGCACUGUACCUGAGGAUAACAUCAGCCUUACUGGAGGCCUUUGGGUGCCUGGAAUCAGGAACAUCCUUUGCGAGGAAGCAGCCUAUGAGGAGCGGCGUUACCCAGCUGGGAAGUGGGCGUGUGUCACCAAGGGGGAGCCCAUGUAUGAGCAGAGCAUCUCCAUGAGCUUCAUGAAGCUCAUGCGCUACAUCUGCAAAGAGAACUCAGUAGGUUGCUAUCUGGGCAUGACAGUCCCGGUGCUCAACGAAAUCCACCUGACCAAAGAUGAGACCGAGCUGGAGCGUGAGGUCGUAACUGCCUAUUAUCUCCCAGGAGAGUUCCAGCAAAAUCCUCCUGUUCCCAUGGACCCUGAAAUCCACAUCACUGAGAGGGCACCGCUCCGGGUUAUAACCAGGGUUUUCUAUGGGAUGACCACUGAAGAGACAAUUCUGCGGGAGAUCAAUCUCUUCUGGGAGCUCUUGGGCUCCACAGACACUGUGCUCCGGGAAACCUACAUUGUGGCUUCUUAUGAAAAUCCCAGCAUCCCUCAGCGCCGCAAUGAGAUCUGGUUCAUCUGCCGAGCAGAGUGAGUCCCCUCUGUGACCGCAAACUGUCCUGUGACUGGACCUGGUGCAGAUGGCAGUUCUGACCCAAAGCAGAUGGAGCACGUCCUGACCCACUAUUCACCCACAAAAUGACAGACCAAGAGACUGCGGGGUGGGUUUGCAGCCUGCCCUGCAAGGGUUCUGUCAGGGGAAAUCCUGCCUGAUCUGCACUUCACCUGCCCCCACAGGGGCCAGCUGAGGCUGGAGCUGGCACCAGGGACAAUCUCUGCAGCAAGGUCCUGGUGGGAAGCAUGUGGUGGGGGGUCAUUAAGGCAGUAACCAUGUGGGCUUGUGCAAUGUGCUAGCCUGACCUGUGCUCCUCUCAGCUCUGAGCUGGGCUUGCAGAGCUGUGCCAGGUAUGCCAGUGGGGCUUGUGGUUGGCAGAAGCACAAGCUGAUGGUGUCUAGAAAGCAAAUGACUGUGUAUAAGGUGUGGGGCUCUGUGUGGCCUCUGGCCUGCUUCCUGUGAGAAUGGCUGCCUGUCCCGAACAGAGUCACUGAAAUGCUGCUACGGGGACAGUGGGAUUUGAAGAGGGAAAGGCCUUGAAUUCAGGUGAGAAUCCUGAAUGUUUCCUGCCAGGGUGGCUCUCUUUGUACUGUUGGAUGCCUCCCUGGCUGUCACUCAACAGUCAUCAGCCAGGACUGGGGCGCUGGCAGCCUUUGUCCAUCUAUUGUGGGUGCUGUUUUGCAGACCUGCUGCUGAGAGGGACAGGUGCUGACAGCAGCAGGCGUGGCACCACUGUGUGUUGUGCACUGAUCAGUAAGUCUCACAUCCAUGAAUACCGUCAUGCUUUCCUGGGGGAAGCUGGCAAUGCCAACAGUAAAUAAACCCAGCUCAAACCAC